ACAUUAACCCAUACCAGGUCGGAACGCGCCACCUGCCAAAAGAAAACCCUAUAAACCUGUUCAAUGUCACACUCGUCGUCGUCCGCUCCAUUCCCUCCUGGCCUACCCUAAACCAGAAUCUCGUCGUAUUUCACCCUCACAACAAAUGGAAGCCACUACACCUCGCCACCUCCUCCAUCGCAUCCUCUGCUGCCUCGUCGUCUACCUCCUCACCCUCAUUCCCAUUCCACCCAAUCGCCGUCUCAGCCUCGUCGCCCUCAAAGAAAUCCAACUCAGCCUCCUCUUCCGCAUCUGUGGUCUCUCCACCCGAACACUCACCAUUGACGUUGGCGGUGGAAACGCCGCCACGUCCCUCCACAUCUGGGUCCCGCGUCGCCGGCGACCACAAAAACACGCCCUGCUCCUCAUCCACGGAUUCGGCGGUAACUCUAAGUGGCAAUUUCAUCGCCAGAUCGGCCCGCUUUCCCGUUGUUUCGACCUCUACAUUCCCGACCUGGUUUACUUCGGCCGGUCACUCUCCUCAAGCGGUGAGCGGUCGGUGGGGUUCCAAUCGAGAUGCGUGUCUGCGGCGAUGAGGGGUUUGGGGGUGGAGAAGUACUCCGUAGCGGGGAUCAGUUACGGUGGCUUUGUGGCGUUUCGGCUUGCGGCAGAGGCGGAGGAGGUGGAGCGGCUCGUGAUCCUGACGUCUGGGAUCUGUGCGACGGCAAAGGAGAUGAGGGAGAUGGUGGCUGGAGAGAAGAGGGACGUCACUGAGAUUUUGCUACCGCAGCGGGCGGAAGAUCUGAUGAUCCUCAUGCGGCGGUCCAUGUAUCGCUCGCCGAAGUGGGUGCCGACAUUUGUCCUCCGAGAUUUUGUCGAGUUGAUGUACAAGGAUCACAGGAAAGAGAGGGUGGAGUUGCUUAGAGAACUCUUAUCGACUGGGGUUGAUCUGCAUCCACUUCCAGUUCUUAACAAGGAUAUUCUUAUAAUUUGGGGUGAUAAGGACAAUGUUUUCCCCAUUUCGCUUGCUCAUCGGUUACACAGACAUUUGGGGCAAAAUGCAAGGCUAGAAGUGAUCAAGGAUGUGGGGCAUGCAUUGCAGUUGGAGAAACCGAAAAUUGUAAAUCAGCUAAUUGAGGGGUUCAUAUUAGAAUCUGUGAAGUAGCUAUCUGAAUAAAUGUGUGCAGCUUACAGUUGUUGUAUGAUUAUGCUGAUUAUUGUAAGAAAAAAAAAAUCAGAGAAGGGAAGAAAAAUCUCUCUCUCUAUCAAAAUGUAAGUAAUCCUGGUGCAAAAUCUUGUUGUCUAUAACUUCAUUGCUGGUCUAUCUUCUUUUGUGGAAA